AUGGCGUUGAGCUCCGACUCCGACGAGUCUAACCCCUUCGCCGCCGGCACCGUGGCCAUCUUGGCGGCCACCGCCCAGUUGAUCAACAUCAAGUCUCACGUUCCCAUGACUCUUGGCUUCAGCGACUCCAACUUCAGCAUCUGGCGCACCUUCUUCAACAUCAUGUUCCGCAAGUUCGGCCUCGUGGAUCACGUCGACGGCACGAUCGACUCCCAUGCCAUGAUCUUCGACGCCGAGUGGACGCAGAUCGACACCUGCAUCGUCUCCUGGCUCUACACCACGCUCUCCGCCGACCUCCUCUCGGCAGUUGUCCAGCCCAACGACGACGCCUACACCGCCUGGACAACCAUCGCCACCCAGUUCCUCGACAACAUCGUGCAGCGCACUAUCCAGGUGCGGCAUGCGUUUCACGCUCUUAACCAAGAUGACAUGACAGUGACUGAGUACUGCGGCCGGAUCAAGGAACUGGCGGACAAACUGCGCGACGUCGGCUCCCCCCCUCACUGA